AUGUCAUGUUCGAUGGAAAUUUUAUUCGCUUCUGCAACGGAAAAGUUCCGAUCCAUGGUUAUGUUCAAACGUUUGUUCGAUAUUGACGGAAAUGAGAUUUUGAAAAGUGAGGAUAUAUUGCGUGGAAUGGAAUAUUACGUGUCUGUUGGAGAAACGUUUAUCAGUCCACUUAGAGCAAUUGAUUUUCAUUUGGAAUAUCGAUUGCAUUCGAAAUGGACAAUUUACGGUAUAAUACGAAGCUAUGUCAAGCGGCGACUACCUCAAAAAGAGAAAUUUCAUACCAAUUAUACCCGUGACGAGAGAUCGUAA